CCCCCUCCGUCGUCUCCCUUGGUCCGUACGUACGUACUUGGAGGAGCUGAAAGAACGCUCGAUUGUUUGGCGCGAGCUUGCUAGCAUGUGUGCCGGCGACGGCACCAGGGAGCGCUGCGCAUGCGCGCUGUGCGGCGCGGCGGCGGACGUGCACUGCGAGGCGGACGCGGCGUUCCUCUGCGCGCCGUGUGACGCCCAGGUGCACGGCGCCAACUUCCUCGCGUCCCGCCACCGCCGCACGCGCGUCUCGCCGACGCCUAAGGGCGUGGGCGUCAUGUCCAGGACUGCUACGACGUCGAGCUCCUGCGUGUCCACGGCUGACUCCGCGACGACGGCGGCGCUGCACGGCAGGAAGACGACGCCGCCGCCGGCUAGGAGGCGCGCCGCGCGGGGCGAGGCGGUGCUUGACGGCUGGGCCAGGCGGAUGGGCCUCGAGGCGGGGGCGGCGCACCGGUGUGCAACCGCUGCCAGCCGCGCGAUCCGGGCCCAGGUAGCCGCGGCCAUGCCACACGUGCCGCUGCGUGUCGCGAUGGCUGCGGCGCUGUGGUCGGAGGUGGCGGCUCAUGGCGUCCACGAGCCCGGCGAAGCGCUCCGGCGCCUGGAGGCCUGCGCGCACGUGCCGGCGAGGCUCCUCGUGGAGGUGGCUCCGGUGUCGACGAUGGGGAACGCGCGCGGGAAGAAGAGGACGGCCGCAGUGGACGCCGCCGAGGACGGCUGGGGCGAGUGCUCGAUCGUGAGCCCACACAAAACACCAUCUUCUCCAAGACACGAGCUUCUCUUGUUCGUUUAGUACUACAGUACUACUACUAGUAAGUUCUACUGUAGCUCAGAUGAUCAAAUUACAACCAAAGAUAUACAUGACGUUACUGUGUAUUAAAUAUAACAUGAAUAGAAUUGCGAGGCAUAUGCAUGAAGUAUAACAUGCAAAAAAAAUCAUCUAAAAUACAUUGAGUUGAGCGUAUUUUGGCUAGGUGUCUUUUUUGGCAAUCUCAAAGCUAAUGUACAAUCCACAAAGUUGGAGUAUGAUUUAUGAAGGUACAUAGCCUUAAAUACGAAGUAAAAAUGAAUGACAGUCUGGAUAUAAAAAGAAUUUAGGUCCAAGUAUGGAAGAGUCUAGAAUAUAGUAGAAGUGUGCCUUGAGUUUUGUGCAAAAUGUUCACAUGGCUUCUAGAUAGUACACAUAGAAUCUUCUAGAUAGUACACAUGGCAUAAUAUGGUGAAGUAAUGAGAAGAUCCAACAGUCAACAACAAUUCGAUUUGCCACGUCACUACCGCCAGAUCGGCUUAAUCCAACAGUGGUAUUCAAAGUUAU